UGUUCCCUCCCUGUUCUGUCCUGCAGGUAAUUAAAUGCCCUUAGUGUGGAUCCCUGCUCUGUUGGCAUGCUUGGAUGCACAGCGGCUCUUCCCAUAGCUUCUUUUCGUCUGCCCCAUUGCAAGAAGAUGGCGAAAGCAAACAUUACCAGAGACAUCAUCCACAGGCAGAUCAAGGAGAGGGGUGCACUGGGCUUUGAACGACACUACCACGUCACCGACCCGUUCAUUCGCCGCCUGGGCCUGGAAGCAGAAUUGCAGGGUCACUCAGGGUGUGUCAACUGUCUAGAAUGGAAUGAAAAAGGAGACUUGCUGGCCUCUGGCUCUGAUGACCAGCAUACCAUUGUCUGGGAUCCUCUGCACCACAAGAAACUCCUUUCGAUGCACACAGGACAUACUGCAAACAUCUUUUCUGUCAAGUUCUUGCCGCAUUCAGGGGAUCGGAUCCUCAUCACGGGAGCUGCAGAUUCCAAGGUGCACGUCCAUGACUUGACUGUCAAGGAGACCAUCCACAUGUUUGGAGAUCACACCAACAGGGUGAAGCGAAUUGCCACAGCUCCCAUGUGGCCUAACACCUUCUGGAGUGCAGCAGAAGACGGGCUAAUCAGGCAGUACGAUCUCCGAGAGAACAGCAAACGUUCUGAAGUCCUGAUAGACCUGACAGAGUACUGUGGGCAGCUGGUGGAGGCUAAAUGCCUGACGGUCAACCCCCAAGACAACAACUACUUAGCAGUAGGGGCGAGUGGGCCCUUUGUGCGGCUCUACGACAUACGCAUGAUCCACAACCACAGGAAAAGCAUGAAGCAGAGUCCUUCAGCUGGAGUACACACGUUCUGCGACCGGCAGAAACCCCUCCCGGACGGUGCGGCGCAGUACUACGUGGCAGGGCACCUCCCGGUGAAGCUGCCGGACUACAACAACCGGCUGAGAGUUCUGGUGGCCACAUAUGUCACCUUCAGUCCUGAUGGCACUGAGCUCUUAGUCAACAUGGGAGGGGAGCAGGUCUAUUUGUUUGAUCUGACGUACAAACAGCGACCGUACACUUUUCUUCUCCCAAAGAAGUGCCAUACUUCAGGGGAAGUGCAGAAUGGAAAAACCUCUACCAAUGGAGUGUCGAAUGGCAUCCACCUCCACAGCAACGGCUUCCGCUUGUCCGAAGGCAGAGCACACGUGAGCCCCCAGGUGGAGUUACCUCCAUAUCUGGAGCGAAUCAAGCAGCAAGCCAACGAGGCCUUCGCUUGCCAGCUGUGGACUCAAGCCAUCCAGCUGUACAGCAAAGCAGUGCAGAAAGCCCCCAACAACGCCAUGCUGUACGGAAACAGGGCCGCGGCCUACAUGAAGCGCAAAUGGGAUGGGGACCAUUACGAUGCUUUAAGAGACUGCUUGAAGGCCAUCUCCUUGAAUCCAUGCCACCUGAAGGCCCAUUUCCGUCUUGCCCGCUGUCUCUUUGAACUCAAGUACGUGGCAGAAGCGCUGGAGUGUCUGGAUGACUUUAAAGGGAAGUUCCCAGAACAAGCACACAGCAGCGCCUGCGACGCACUAGACAGAGACAUCAAUGCAGCCCUCUUCUCCAAGAGCGAUAACGCUGAAGACAAGAAAGGAGGUGGCCCCAUCCGGCUGCGAGCCACGGGCCGCAAGGAUUCCAUCUCAGAGGAUGAGAUGGUGCUGAGGGAGCGCAGCUACGACUACAAAUUCCGAUAUUGUGGCCACUGUAACACUACUACAGACAUCAAAGAGGCCAAUUUCUUUGGCAGCAAUGCACAGUACAUAGUCAGUGGGUCAGACGACGGCUCCUUCUUCAUCUGGGAGAAAGAAACCACCAACCUCGUUAGAGUGCUGCAGGGAGACGAGUCGAUUGUGAACUGUCUCCAGCCUCAUCCCAGUUACUGCUUCCUGGCCACCAGUGGCAUUGACCCAGUUGUACGACUGUGGAACCCUCGGCCAGAGAGUGAGACCCUCAAUGGCCGUGUGGUAGUAGACAUGGAAGGUGCUUCCCAAGCGAACCAGAGACGGAUGAACGCAGACCCGCUGGAGGUGAUGUUGCUCAACAUGGGGUACCGGAUCACAGGACUGACCAGUGGUGGGGCUGGAGGCUCAGACGAUGAAGACAGCUCAGAGGGGCAAGUCCAGUGCCGGCCCAGCUAAAACAGAACCGCCUCUCCUUCCUCUCAUUGUUUGGCUGUAAAGGGAACCUAGUUUCCUUGGUCCUGAACUUUCUCUGAUGAAUGACUGCACUGUUUCGCACUAUGCACAGAGUAGGACAAGCUGGCAGGGGCAGGAGCGGCCGUCUCUUUAAAAAACCAUCGCCACCACCUCCUCCUUCUCCCAUCACGCUACUGAGCAGCAUGGCAGUGCAGUCUGGGGUUUGCCUUUAGUGGAAUUUAGUCCCAACCAGGGGUCUUUGAAUUGUCUGUAAGCAGUGUUCAGCUGGUGAUUUUUUUAUUUUUUUUUUUUAAUUUUUUCCCCAGAGCUGCUGUAUGAUCUGGUAGAGGGGACGUCGCCUGCAUUUGUGCAUUUGCAGAGGGGAUGUUAAAUUCCUGAAUAAAAUACAAACCUAGGGCAGGGGUUAUGGAAUGAAUUUACUGCAGUGAUAUUGGUCUUGAAAGCUUGACUCUGCUUUUGUUCCCCCAGCCUGUCUUAGAGGCCCCUGGUUUAGAGUUGUUGGCCAUGAAACACCUGGUUUGUCCCAUGACAUCUUUCUUCUGGCUUCCAUCUCUUAACAUGUUGUCACCAGGCGUGGCUGUGUUGUAUUAAGGACUGGAUAUUGCCUGUCUUGUCCCUGGGCAUGUGUUAGUUGAUGAAUCGGUGAAGGCACGGAGUAUAUGUGGUUCAACAGGGCAGGAUGUGCUUGCCCAGCUCAGAUUCUUUCUUCUGUGGUCUAUGGACCCAUGGAGAAAGGUGCCAGCAAUGGAGCAGGCUUGAUCAGAGGCCUAGGACUCGGGUAGCUAAAGCUACAGAGGGAAAGGUCUGGUAACAGCACUCUUUCAGAACUUCUCUCUCCAUUGCCCAGAAUAUGUGUAGCUGUAUUCACCUUCUCCUCUCCAUGUCACCUCCUGGAGCUGAGAACGUUCCCACCGUGUACGUGUUGCCACUGAAGUUUGGAGCUUUUAAACAGUAGCGUUUUGGUGCAGUCAGCUGCUCUGUCUCGGCCAAGGUGGGCCUCCUCAUUGGUGGUGUAACAUCUGGUGAUGGAUUAGUGGUCCUCUCAGGAACCCUCCUUCCUCUUCCCCAUUCUCCACCCGUUGGCUCUGGCUGUAGGGCCAGGAGUACCCCUAGAAACGCAGCACUGUACGUCCAUUCCUCCCCCUCUCCUGUGACAUGCAGUCCCCUUCUCCCCUCUCAUGGUUGCCAAACACUAAACAUCAAGUAGAUCUUACACAGCUGUGCUACAACCGAAUCCGAAGAGGUUGGUUUGUUUUUUUUUUUCUAGGACUAUCAACUAAGACCAAAGAGCCCCUGGAGAUCUAAACCGCUCCGCGCUGUCUCGUAUCUCUUACUUGCUGAAGGUCUAAACAUGCUAAACCUUGGUCCCAGGGGUGUGCAGUGUGUGUCUGGGAGCGUGUGUGCACGUGUGUCUGCUGCAUUUAGGGCUGUUCUUCCAUGUGUUGCGAUCCCUGGUCUUCCUCUUCCUGCCGUGGAAAGAUGAGAGGCCUCCCUUUCCCUUCUCUGGCUGCCAGGCGUUGAUGAGGGAGACUGCGCAGUGCUGGCUGAUCAAGGUAACUGGCUUCCUCUCCCUUCCAGAACAGUCUCUCCGAGAUGAGUGAGCCUUGUGCAGGAGGGAGAGAGAGGUCACAGAGGCUCAGAGCCGGCAGCGUCUCUCCAAGGACACAGUUCCCCGCGUAGAGACGUCCCCCGCGCCCCCCUUGCGAUGGCAGCGGAGCUCCCUGGGACCUCACCUCUGCCCCUCCACGAUGUCCAGCUGCUCUUUCACGCGUGGGUGAACCCCCUUCUGCUGGGAGCGUGUCCCCCAGCACCCAGAAACGAGGGGCUGCCCCUGUGCUCCGCUGAGCUGCCCUGGCAGACUCGCCCUCUCUCUUCUCCUGCUCUCCCGGGACAGAUUGUCAUUUGGCCACCGAAGGCACGUUGGCUCCUUUUGCCCCCGCGGUGGCUGGAACUGCUUCCUCAGUUUCCCUUUUUCCUUGGGUACGAGCUCCCCCACCCCAGGGGUUCUCUGACACUUCAUGCUCUUCAAAACCCAGAGGCAACAGAAAAUUCUUCUCACUUGGGUGGCUUUUUGACACGGUCUGGCCUUUUCUUUUUUUGCUUAAGGCUUUUCUACUAGACGCAUCCUCUUUUUUUUUUUUUUUUUCCCCUUCUCCUCCCACUCAAACUUUUUUUUUUUCCAGCUUUCAGUAGACAAUGUCUGCAGACUUUGAUUUUUAAACUGAGAGACUGAGAUGGAAAGCUCUGAAAAGAACAGACCUCUCCCUCCCCAUUCACCUUUUGCUGUGGCAGCUAUUUUUUGUUGUUUUUACCCUUCUGAGACAGUGCAGCUCUUUUACCUGCCAGUUGCAGUGAGAAAGCUACAAGAUUCCCUGCCUCUGCAGUGGAUUGCUUUUUUUAAUGGCUGCUUUGGUUAAAAAAAAAAAAAAAAAAAGAUAAAUAAUAAUGGGAGAGAAGGGGAGAGAAAAAAAUCUUUCUGCCUCUAACCCCUUUUCCCCUUGUGGUGGGCAGAUUACCUGCUUUGUCACUUGUUAAUGAGGAAUUUAUAUUUAUUGGUGAAGGAAAAAAAAACCAACAUGCUGGGGAAGUAGGGAGAAGAUGUUGCUUUAUUGACCUCUGCUGUUUACUUCAACCCCCUCUUUGGGAAAGCUUCUUCCUGCUCUUUCUGGUUAACUCUUUCCAGCCUGGGAUCUGCAGGGACGCCUCCUUUAUUUUUGUAUUCUAGCAAUGGGCUCUCCUUUAGGAGACUCUUAGGAUUCUCUUAGUGUCACAAUGACCAUUGCUUCUCGAUUUUUCAAGUACUUCAGAUGAUCAUCUCGUAAACUUUGCCCCUGCAGUCGUAGCAGUAACACACAAGCCUUACUGCCCUCUGUUAGAAGGAGCAGAAAACUUGUUUCUCUGGUCCCUGGGAGAGAAAGGGUUAAGCAAUUAAACAAUUCUUUGUUCUA